GGGCCGUCAUUUUAACGGUCAACCACGGAUGAUUUUGAAAUUUCUGCAGAAGAGCCAGCGAGGAGUUACAUAAGCCCACCAUCGCGGUGGGUCUUUGCUUUCUUGCAUGCUUCCUUCAAUGGCUACUUCUUUAACUUCAAACUAAUUCCUUCGUUUCUUCUUCCCCCAACUAGCUCCGCACAAGUCAGACGACCGUAACCAGGUUGAUUCUCUUCCUCUGAGUUAUAAAUUUAAUUCGUUGCAAACAAAUCUCGACUUCUCUGUUACUGCUUAUUCCUAUGUGGGUUCGAGAAAGUUAGCUUCUUGAACCCUUGAAUUGUCUAAGAGCGCCUUUUGGGGUGUCAUUUCUGCUGGUGUCUGGGUUUCUUUCUUGAUUUCUUCAACUGGGUAUUAGGGUGUCGAAGAAUUGGGUCUUACUAGUGGCGGUGACUGCAGUUACGUGGAUUUUUUUCGCACUGGUACCCUAAAUUCUAGUUUUUUCCAUGUGGGUUUUUGGAUUUGUAGUUUUCUGCCUAUUGGGUUCGCUUCCUGGUUAAUUCGGUGAAUUGGUGCAGAUGAUUAUGGUUGAGUUUCGUUAAAUUAAUCGUUUCUUGAGUCUGAACACGGAGAUGGUUCUGCUAUGUUUCAUAGCUAAAAAAUGGAGUAUGAAUGCAUUGGUCCAUUGAGAAUGUUUUUAGUUAUAUUGGGCCUAUUGUUUUUACUACAGUUUCCUGGAAGCUGUGUAUCCGAAUCAGUAAAUUGGUCAAAGGUCUGUGGAGUUGAUGAAUUUACCUAUAGGAGAUAUUUAGGCGAUGAGUUGUUUUUCAUAAAUGGGAACAGAGUAGACAAAUUUUCUUUCUGCAAGACUGUUGAAUUCUACUACAGAGAUCUGGAUAUGGGUCAGGAAGAAUGGGGAGGAUUUGCAAGGAACUGCUGUGGUUUGGAGAUUUACUCAGUGCAGUUGCCUCAAAGGAGAGGGAGAAAAUUGCUGCGUGAAUUGGGAACUAAUCGAUCUACCUUCCGUAUGCUUGGUCAAAGAAGUGAUCAAUUAGAAAAGAACCGUGUUCAUAAUUCUUGGGUGGCGCCUAAGAACGUUGCCAUGGUUGCAUCAGGAUUGUUGCUUCUAUGUUGCAGUUUCCUCUGUGCUCGUGGCUCUCUUUUAAAAAAGAAAGAGACAACCGACACUGUCCCUCCAAAGGAACUGAGUUCAAUGGAUUCAGUUUCUUCAUUAGGAAUGAAUUCUGCACCUGAAAAGGUUCCUCCGAGUCCACUACGAGUGCCACUCAGUCCUCUAUUGGGGAUGCACCCACAAUUGGACAGAAUUGGAUCAGUGCAUCUCAAUAUGAAUCAGGUGGUCAAAGCCACUCACAAUUUCUCCCCAUCGCUAAAGAUAGGUGAAGGAGGAUUUGGAACUGUCUAUAGAGCCGAGUUGCAAGAUGGUCAGGUUGUUGCUGUUAAACGAGCAAAGAAGGAACGCUUCGGGAAUUCACAAACGGAAUUCAGCAGUGAAGUUGAACUGCUGGCUAAAAUUGAACAUCGGAAUCUGGUUAGACUACUUGGUUAUUUUGACAGAGGGAAUGAACGCAUUAUUAUUACUGAGUAUCUUCCGAAUGGCACUCUUAGGGAGCAUCUGGAUGGUAAGCGUGGAAAAAUCUUGGACUUUAAUCAGCGGCUGGAAAUUUCCAUUGAUGUUGCUCAUGGCCUCACUUACCUUCAUCUAUAUGCAGAGAAGCCAGUAAUUCACCGGGACGUGAAAUCAUCCAACAUUCUACUGACAGACAGCUACAGAGCCAAGGUGGCUGAUUUCGGGUUUGCACGACUUGGUCCAAUGGAUAAUGACCAGACACAUAUAUCAACCAAAGUGAAGGGGACUGCAGGUUACCUUGAUCCACAAUACAUGAUGACCUAUCAACUCACCCCUAAGAGUGAUGUGUAUUCAUUUGGAAUUUUGCUUAUUGAAAUUAUUACUGGUCGUCGGCCAAUGGAGUUGAAGGGACCUGCUGAUGAAAGGGUCACUGUCAGAUGGGCUUUCAAGAAGUGUGAAGAGGGAAAUGUGGUGGAGCUUGUAGAUCCUUUGAUGAAGGAAGUGGUACCUGUAAAGAUACUAGUGAAAAUGUUCAGUUUGGCAUUCCAGUGUGCUGCACCUACACGGUCUGAUCGGCCAGAUAUGAAAGAAGUGAGCGAGCAAUUGUGGGGAAUAAGAAUGGACUUUCUUAGGAGUGUCAAACACGUGUAGUAGUAAGGGUAAAUUCAGAUUAAUUUCCUUUUUUAACUCCAUGGUUUGUAAUCUAUAAUCACCCUCGUCUUCAUUCUUCCAUUUUCAAUUCUAGAUCAUGGUUGAUGUUUUGUGUCUAUUUCCAGCCUGGAGUGAAGCCCUUAGAAUUUAGUGAGACUUUGAAAUCAAGAGGAAUAUAGAGAAGCAUUGUGUAUACCAA